GUAACCGGAUCAGUAGUUCUCACUUUCAUAGACCAAAAUUUGCUUGUUUUUUGUAAGAACAGCCGAACCGAAAUUCGGUGCUUCGGUCGGAGUGCCGGUUUGGAGACGAACCAUUGCCUCUUGGGGUUCGUUGAUCCGUUAUCCCGCCAUACUCUUUUUCUCCUCACCACUUUCAAUAAUUUUCGCUGUUCUUGAUCCCAUCCCAGCUUCAUCCUCCUUCGUCCCGCUCAUUUUGGUUCCAAUAAUGAGCAACCGGCGUAGACUGCACGAUCCACCGGUCACCAUAGCAGCAAAACCCGUGGUCUCGCAGUCCUCGGAUAGCUCGUCGCAGGAAAAAGUCGCUAUCCCAAGAAUCCACAAAGAUAGCUCAGAGAUCCGGCGUCGCAAUGCAAAUGCCUGUGAGAACUGCAGGAACCGCAAGGUCAAAUGCGAUGGAUAUGGCCUGGUUUGCAAUAACUGCUUGCAGUUCAAUCUGCCUUGCGUCCACGUUGAAUCAAAACGAGAAAGAGACCAGAAGAAGAUCAUGGACAUGUCCAAGAAGAUCAAGGGCUAUGAAACCUUGCUGAACGAGGCUGUACUAGAAGUUGGUGAUGAAACAGCAAGCCGGAUAAGAGAUGCUUUGUCUGCAUCAAAGCCUCUCUCUCUGCAGGAACAGACAAAAAGAGACGCGGAAAUAGUGGUUGAAUCAUUGUCCGAGCACCUUUUUGCUGGAGAAGACGAAGACCGCAGCGCUCGAACCGAGCCGACAGACCUCUUUAGCAGAGGCAAUAGGGACACGGAUAUGACAUACGAUACCAGCGCAGACAAUGCAUCCGAAAUGCCAUCUAGCGAUAUGCCUACGAACAAUCAAAAACUCGAAUCACCUCUCGGUAUUGCGAAUUGCCACUUGAGCGAUCCAACCGGGCCAGUGUUGAAUUCCACAAACACUUAUCCGUUAGCCAGCUCCUCUGCUUCGAACGCCCUUGAGAAGUCAGACAACUCCGUGUUUUCCAAUGGUAGGUUUGAGGAAGCUUGGUCUCGGGUUAGCAGUUCUGUUCAAAACUAUCUAGAACUGUCCGGCCCGCAGCAGGUGCCAGGCCCGUUGCCGAUGUGUUCCCCGAAGGAUCUACCACCGGAGGAAGACACCAGGGCAGGAGCAACUGCUUUCUUUAGCAAUACAUCAGCCUUGUUUUAUGUCAUGACUCCCGAGGAGUUCGAUGAUCUCCUCCAGCGGGUAUAUCGAUCUGAAUCACCGGUGGAUGUGGUGACCUUGUGUGAAAUGUGUUCGCUUGCUUCGGUGGGGAGUCAGUACCUGCCAGAGCAGCCACUUGAAGAUGUGAAAAAGACGCUUUUUUCCACUGCAAUAGUGCACCUGGACCAAUGUAUCAAGGUUGAUCCUGUCCGAGCUUUGCGUAUCUUGGUCUGUUUAUCUGCAUAUCACAUCAUUGAGCAUCAUAAUGUCGCGCAUGCUUCGAUAGUCUCCGGACUCGGUCUCGCUCGGAAACUGGGUUCCCAGAUCGCCAAACAUUCCGAUCAGUCUCUUAUUAUUAGGAAGACUUACAGGACACUGAUUUUCAUGGAAUGUUGGCUAUCUACAUCACUUGGUUAUCCUCCAGCACUCGGGGAUACAGAGCAUACUGUGAGUAAGGCCGAUGACGCUUGGUUUCUAUCAACUUACAGUCACUUCAUCCAGUUUAUCAAUGAAUCUAUAAAAUGCGAGCUGGAACUUUCAAAUGGGGAUCUUGCGGUGCAAGAACAAGCUGGGCUUGUUGCAUUGCUCAAAUCUGAUAUCCUCAAGGGGUUGUAUAGCUCUACAUCAUCUGAAAAUGAAAUUGAAGUUCAUGUGGGUAAGCUUGAAGGCUGGUAUUCUACACUGCCGCAGGAGAUGCGCUUAUUAGCGCUGCUGUCGAACGAGGCUACACCACUACCUCUUGCACAGCAGAGGGGCCUACUAUUCCUUCACCUUAUAUAUUUGGGGGCAAUUAUGCUUCUCUACCGCCGUACAUUGUCCAUGGCAUUUGCAAACCAGCUUCAAAGUCCUACUACCAUGCACAGCUUUCCUGAAGGAGUCUCGGAUUAUUAUGAUCGAGCAGUCAUGGCAGCGCAUCAGGUAGCGCGGAUCUUCCUGCUAAUUGAUUACGAGAAAAAUGUAUAUCGUAGAUGUUGGCUAUGCAUAUCCGAAAUCUAUUCCGCAAGCACAAUACUUCUUUUCUCCGCGUCGUACAAAAUUCUCUACAACCAUGCAGGAGCUGAAGAUGACCUAGAGCAUGCAGAAAGUCUAGUCAAUAUGCUGAAAUGCGCCAGCUCAGUUGACUAUGUUGCGAAGAAUUUGGCCGAUCUUCUCGGUCCUAUCCUUUAUGAAACUCACUAUCUCUACAAUUAUUCACAAAGAGAGAAAUCCGACUCUUACAAACACUCAUGGUUUGAAGAGAGCUGCCGGUCUAAUACGCUAAAGUCGCUCAAUCUUCUUUUUGAAGUCUUUGGAGAAGAUCGAAAAGUUCAUCUUGAGAAUAUUCGAGAGCCAGGGGAGAAGCUACCAACUUGGUGGGAAUAAGUGACAUGCAGCUUUGGGACCAAUUGAACAAGUUCUAUAUUAAAGUCCAGUUGAAAUAGCAGUCAACAUGAGCUGCUAAAUCUUCCUAUUCGACUAUUUCAAGACGACGGUCUGAGAUACUGGAUUGGGUAAGGUAUCAUUUCCCCAGUCCUGCCAUUUCGCCAUGUGAAACAGAGGGGCAUGUCGAUCUUCGGUUUUAACAGGAUCUCGCCCCUAUGAUUAUCUAUCUUAUUUCUUGGGAUUGAUAGAUAGA